CUAACGCCCGCAUAAGCGGUGAAUAGGAUUUGCCCCCUGACCGUGAGAAAUCACGAUUCCCAUCGAUCCCCAUUCUCAACGGAAUCACUCCGCUCGCCGCCGGCGCCGCCACGCCGUCGCCUGCCGCCAUGCUCCGCCUGCGAAGCUGCAUCCUCACCCGUCUCCUCUACUCUCCCUCCUGCGCGAGUCCCAUCACCCCUCUCCACCGACUGCUCUCAGCGGCAGCGGCUGCGGCCGACCCAAGCCCAGCGUUCGCCGUCGAGCAGUACCUCGUCGACACCUGCGGCCUCACCCGGCCCCAAGCCCUCAAGGCCUCCGCCAAGCUCGCCCACCUCAAGUCCCCCUCCAAGCCCGACGCCAUGCUCGCCUUCCUCGCGGACCUCGGCCUCUCCAGCGCCGACGUCGCCGCCGCCGUCGCAGGGGACCCGCAGUUGCUCUGCGCCGACGUGGACAAGACCCUGGCCCCCGUCGUCGCCGGGCUCACCGGCCACGGCCUCUCGCGCACCGAGGUCGCGCGCCUCGUCUCGCUCGGCCGCACCAUCUUCCGCUGCAGAUCCAUCGUCUCCAACCUCCCAUACUACCUAUCGCUCUUCGGAUCCUACGAGAACCUCCUCAAGUUACUCAAGAAGAGCCCCGAACUCCUCGGAUGCAGCCUGGAGAAGGUGGUCAAGCCCAACGUCGCGUUCCUGCGGGAGUGCGGGUUAGGAGACUGCAUCCUGUCCAAGGUGCACCUCCCGACGCAGCGCAUACUUUCCACCAACCCAGAGCGCCUCCCUGCAAUGGUGGCGUGCGCCGAAGGCCUCGGCGUACCCCGUGGAUCUCCGAUGUUCAGGCACGUGCUAUACGCCGUGGCAAUGAUCGGCGAGGAUAAAGUCACUGCCAAGGUGGAUUACUUGAAGAGAACUUUCAGGUGGUCAGAUGCUGAGGUGGGUGUUGUUGCUUGUAAGACUCCGCAGCUGCUGUCCAGGUCCAAGGACACGCUGCAGCGCUUGUCCGAGUUCUUUAUCUCUGAGCUGGGUUUGGAACCCGCGGACAUUGCUCAUCGUUCAGUAGCGCUCACGUAUAGCCUGGACAGCCGCCUCAAGCCCCGGUACUACACUGUAAAGUUUCUCGAGAUAAAUGGGUUGGUCAAGAGCUUCCCGAGCUACUAUACGAUUUUCCACCUGACCGACAAGGUAUUCGUGGAGAGGUACAUAUGCCCUCACAAGGAAGCUGCUCCCCACCUAUAUGAAGACUAUGUCGCCGCUUGCAAAGGGGAAGUAUCCACUAGAUUCUUAUCUGCUUGAACCAAGACCCUGACAUGGAAAUGUGGAACUUUUUGUGGCACUACAAAGUUUUCACUCCUUGGAGUAAUCUGUAGAGAAGAAAUCAUUGCCUGCAACGAUGUGAAAAAAAUACAUCAUAUACAUAUUUAUGUCUCUCACUUUUAUGUAAGAUCAUGGAGAUAACAUGUGUGGGUGGACCAAUUUUCUAUCAAAACCAGGAAGCAUUAAUCAGAAAGCGAAAGAACUGCGCCGUUUUCCACUAAAAUAUCAAAAAACUUCAAUGAGGCUUAUGGCCACACUGGAUAGAAGGUACAAUCUUAUCCAUAUUUUUACGUGUCUCAGUUCUUCAGAACCAGACUUAGUUUCUCAACAUAUUCCUUUAUCACACCCCAUCUGUAUGACAUUAGCUCUUGUGUUUUCAGAACAUUGGUCCUGGGCUUAACUAGUUCUAUUGACAAAUCACUUUCUUAUCUUAAAAUACAUCAGUCAUUACUGGAGCUUAAGAGUUCCAGAUGAUUAAGAUAUGGCAAAGUCCUUCAUGGGAUUGAAGGGGAAAAUGCAACACAUGUGGUUCCUUCUAUAAGCUAAGCUGGGUUUCUGGAAUAAUUUUUCUUUAGGUAUUUCUCUACAUUUUCUUUAUAUUGUGUUUAUCUAUCCAUGAUGGCUCAUCUGUAUUGAUCAUCUUCAUGGAGCAAAUUUCCUUUGGCUAAGAAAAUUGUAGAGACAUGUGUUGAUUCUGCAAACAUUAGUUGCCGAGUAGCUUUCAGCAGCGAUUUAGCUUUAUUUGCGCCUAAAAGCUCGUCAACUACAUGCUGCAGCAUCAUGUCCAAAUUCUGUCUAUGCAAUGCUUAUUUCCUUCUCUCAUUUUUGUAUUACUCGCUGAUUGCUAUGGCACCCUUAAUAAAGUUGCUUACGCCGAUGUGAUUC